CGCAGUAAAUAUUUGACCAUAAUGCCGUGCGACAGGCUGACAAGUGGAUUCAAGAUGGCGUAGAAAGUGAAGCUAGAUACUCUGUCCCAGAGUCAUGGAGGACAGGAGGCCCCAGAAGUCAUGUGAAGAGGCAAUUGGAUCGUUAGUGAGGCAGGAGUAUGAGGCAGCGGUGGCCCACAGUACGGACGCCCUGCUGGCCCUGGAUUCGACCCCACCCACCCCCAGCACAACCCUCCUCCGCAAGUGUGCACUGCUCUACCGCAUAGCAGCCUGGCUACAGCUGAAGGAGUAUGAUCAAGCUGAUGAAGACUCUAAGCAUGUGCUGGCUGAGGAGCUGGGGAAGGGUGAGGGAAGUUUCAGGGCUGGGCUGCAGAAAAUGAUGCUGGAUGGGAGCCUACAGGAAGUCUUUACCAUUCUUUCUAAAGCUCUGUAUGGAGAACCGCUGAAUGGUAUCAUGACUAAGGAUAUGACGAGGUUGAAGAUACUCCUUUCUGAAAUGGAGUCUGUAAGCAGUAAAAUGGUGACGGAGCAGCCAUCAGAGACAGAGGAGGACGUUCAAGAAGGUUGGCAGUUUCGGCCUCCUCCUCGUGGGGUCACUAGCAGCGAGGAGUACACGUUGUGUAAAAGGUUUUUAGAGCAGGGUCUGUGUCGGUAUGGUGCACAGUGCACCUCAGCCCACUCUCAGGAGGAGCUGACUGAGUGGCAGCAGCGCUAUGCCUCCAGACUCAUUCGUCUCAAGCAGCAGCAAGAUGGGAAGCAUUACACUGAGAACUACACGGAGGCCCUCAUUGAAAAGUGGAUCAACUCCCUAACACCAGAGAAAGUGCUUAAUGACUGUAUAGAUGGAGUUACAGUCGAACAUAACUCAGAUCUUUCGGUCACUGUCAACACCAAGAAGUCAUCUCAUUCCUGGACAUUCUCACUUUACUGCAAGCCUGCCCGCGUGUUGCACCGAAUCGCACUGCUCUAUGAUGCCAACCGACCGCACUUCUCCGUCACAGCCGUGUCGGCAGGUGACGUUUCCACCCAGGUACCCCAGCAGGUGUGUGAGGGUGGCUGUCAGGAGUGGACGGGAGUAGAAGUGCUACAGAACGGAAUGGAUCACUGCCUCUACACUGUAGAGGUGGCGUUUAGAACCGAGAUCUUCGGCACUUUCCGUCAGACCGUAGUCUUUGAUUUCGGUUCUGAGCCAGUGCUGAUGCAGAGAGUGAUGGUGGACGCAGCGUCUAUUGAAGACCUGGAGCAUUUGAUGCAGGCACGGCAGCAGCUUCUGAUGACGGCGAAGCGCUGGGACUCAUCCUGCAAGACCAUUGUAGAGUUCACUCCCAAUGAGAACAUGGAGCUGGAGCGCAGUCUGCUCAGCCGCUAUCAGAUCCCGCUGUCUGCUGACCAGCUCUUCACCCAGUCUGUGUUGGACAAGACUCUCACACGUGAGAACUACCAGCCCCGCCUGCAUGACCUGCUUUACAUAGAGGAGAUUGCACAGUACAAAGAAGUUAGCAAGUUCAACAUCAAGGUAAACCUGCAGCUGGUCUCCAGCUUCCUCCUGACUGGAAUAUCUGGGGGUGCCAACUAUGCCCAAAACGGCCAGCUAUUCGCACGCUUCAAGCUAACAGAGACACUGUCUGAGGACACACUGGCAGGACGGCUGGUGAUGACGAAGGUAAACUCGGUGCUGCUAUUGCCUGUGAGCCGUGAUCGGGUGUCUCAAGGCCAGCCUGCCAGCGCCAAGGAGCGUGUCUACGAGGCCUUCAUCGAGGAGAAGACUAAGGACUACAUCUUUCUGCGCAUCUGCAAGGACUGCUGUGAGGAGCUCCAUCUGGUGCCUGACAGGGAGCUGCAGGUGGAGCUGCAGUUUCAGCUGAACAGGCUUCCGCUGUGUGAGAUGCACUAUGCUCUAGACCGCCUCCGUGACAACAGCAUCCUCUUUCCUGACAUCAGCCUAACUCCAAUAAUCCCCUGGAGCCCCAACAGGCAGUGGGACGAGCAGCUGGACCCUCGUUUAAAUGCCAAGCAGAAGGAGGCCAUUUUGGCUAUCACCACUCCACUGUCAAUCAAUCUCCCUCCCGUGCUUAUCAUUGGACCCUACGGCACAGGCAAAACUUUUACAUUGGCUCAGGCAGUGAAACACAUCCUAAAACAGCCUGACACACGGGUCCUCAUCUGCACCCAUUCAAACAGUGCAGCAGAUCUCUACAUAAAGGACUACCUUCAUCCAUAUGUGGAGGCAGGCAAUCCACACGCAAGACCUCUCAGGGUUUACUUUAGGAACCGCUGGGUGAAAACGGUGCAUGCAGUGGUGCAGCAGUAUUGCCUGAUCUCUGGAGCUUACCUCACCUUUCAGAUGCCGACUCGGCAGGACAUAGAGCGCCACCGUGUUGUAGUAGUGACGCUUAGUACGUCCCAGUACCUCUGUCAGCUUGAUCUGGAACCUGGGCUCUUCACACACAUAUUGCUGGACGAGGCGGCCCAGGCAAUGGAGAGCGAGACCAUUAUGCCGUUGGCACUGGCUAAUAAGAGCACACGCAUCGUCCUUGCUGGAGACCACAUGCAGCUCAGUCCGUUUGUGUACAGUGAGUUUGCCCGCGAGAGGAAUCUACAUGUGUCCCUGCUGGACCGGCUGUAUGAGCACUAUCCCUCCGAGUACCCCUGCAGGAUCCUGCUGUGUGAAAACUACCGCUCCCAUGAGGCAAUCAUCAACUACACAUCGGAUCUGUUCUACGAGGGCAAGCUGAUGGCCAGCGGCAAGCAACCCCCACAUAAGGAAUUCUACCCUCUGACCUUCUUCACGGCUCGAGGGGAGGACGUGCAGGAAAAGAACAGCACGGCUUACUACAACAAUGCUGAGGUGUUUGAGAUCGUUGAGCGGGUGGAGGAAAUAAGGAGGAAGUGGCCGGUAGCGUGGGGAAAGCUGGACGAAGGCAGUAUCGGCGUGGUGUCCCCAUACGCAGACCAAGUGUUUCGUAUCCGAGCCGAACUUCGCAAAAAACGCAUGCAGGAGGUCAGCGUGGAGCGAGUGCUCAAUGUUCAGGGUAAGCAGUUUCGUGUGCUUUUCCUGAGCACCGUUCGCACUCGCCACACCUGUAAGCACAAGCAGACGGCCAUCAAGAGGAAGGAACAGCUGGUGGAAGACUCUACCGAGGACCUGGACUAUGGCUUCCUAUCCAACUACAAACUCCUGAACACUGCCAUCACACGGGCUCAGUCCCUAGUGGCCGUAGUGGGAGACCCAAUAGCGCUGUGCUCCGUGGGCCGCUGCAGAAAGUUCUGGGAAACGUUCAUCUCCAUCUGCCAUGAUAACAACAGUCUGCAUGGAAUCACAUUCGAGCAGAUUAAGGCCCAGCUGGAGGCUCUGGAGUUGAAGAAGACCUAUGUGCUGAAUCCACUGGCUCCUGAGUUCAUCCCCCGAGCCCUGAGAGCCCAGCAGCCCCAGGGACCCAGCAAACACCAGCAUUCCCCACCUAAGGUUAAGGGACAGAUUGCCAAUCAUGCAGAGCACUUUCCUCCUGAAGGAUUUGUUCAGCCCAGCGCUGCUGUGUUAAUGGGGAAUCCCAUCCAGGCUUUCACUCCAACGGGAGGAGGAGCACCACCAUCUGGCAAAUCCCCCAGUCCUGUACAGCGCAUUGACCCUCACACCGGAGCCAGCAUCCUAUAUGUGCCCGCCGUCUAUGGGGGAAACAUGGUCAUGCCUCUGCCGUUGCCAUGGCCAGGCUAUCAGAACCGCUUUGCCAUGGACCCUCGUAUCAUGAGUCACCAGGCAGCCAUGGCAGCCUACAACCUGAAUCUGAGGCCUGCCGUCAGUCGGACAUCACCAGUGCUUUAUGGUCUGAACCAGCCAUCACCGCUAGGCAUUGGCCAACUUCCCCCCACUGACAAGGACCUGUUGCAGGAAACUACUGCCAAUGGAAAGAUCGACAUUAAUGGAAAAGUGGAACAUAGCAGGCUGCUGACACCUGAAAGGAAAGCUCCUGAGCUGAAGGAGAAACAGGGAGAGCCUGAGUCUGUCCAGAACAAAAGCCCUGAAACCCAUGCCAGCCUGGUGUUUCCUCCCAGCCGUUUGCUGCGUAAAGACCCGCCUACCCAGCGUCCACCGCUCAGCUUCCCAUUACCCCCUCCUCACCCAGCAUUUGCCCCCCAUGCCCCUCCUGGCCCCCUGGCACAUUAUGGUCUUCCCAGACCUGCCAUUCGAGUGCAGACCCAACAGCCACAGGCCUCUGCCUUCCCUCCUUCAUUUUUCGGUGGCCAUCCUCUGGCCCAGCGCACGCUGCACUCUCCAGUGCUGGACGGCCUUGACGGAGGGGAGAGCCUAAUGGGCACUGUCCCUGAUGAGCUGAAGAACGUUGUGAGGGGAAUGCCUCCCCAACACCAGCCCCAUCAGCAGCCGAUGCGCCUCAACAGCUUUGGGGAGGAGAGUCUCGACUCGCUGCUUGGUGACUCUCUGGAUGGUCAAGGCUGUUCAGGCAUGGAGACAAUGGCUGCUCAACCGCAGCAGCAGUCGGUUCGUCUAGGUCAGUGGAACGAGCCAGGGCCCUUUCUGCAAGGUGCUGUGCCUCCUUUCGCCCUGCCCCACCAAUUGGCACACCUGGGUCAGCCAGGUAUGCGGAUCCCCCAGCAGCUGCUCCGUCCCAACUGGGGCCUGGGCACCACUGUUGAGGACGAGCCCCGAGCACCCAUGCCCAGGUAUUCUGGUCUCCCACGUGAGUCGCUCCCUCAAGAGUCAUAUCAGCCACGUGAAGCUGCUGAAAUGCCCCCACCGCAGUCACGCCUGCUACAGUACCGGCAGGUGCAGCAACCCCACCUUUCCGGGGAGCUCUCCUCACCUUCCACUGUCUCCUCUGCCCUCCCUUUAUCCACCUCUAACACUUCCAACAACCACAAUCAUACUCCGGUAUCGGGGCCUUUCCCUUUCCCAGACACCAGCCGUGAUCUCCCUUUUCACCAGCAACAGGCCUUCAGCCAGGCCGCCCUUCCUCUACCCCCUGAGCAUGUGCCCGUCAAGUACCUUCUGCCUGAGGCUCACUGGCACCAUGCCGGGGCACAGCAGUCCCCGACGCUGGCAUUUGGCCUGCAGCAGGGUCCCUUCACACAGCUUCAGCUUCAACAGCACAAACAGCAACAACAGCAGCUCCAGGCCCCACACAAUGCCCUGCACAGUCUAGAAGAGUAUGAACCUCGAGGGCCCGGACGGCCCCUGUACCAGAGGCGGAUAUCCUCCAGCUCUCCUCAGCCAUACGGGGAAAGUGUGGUGCAGUGUAAGGAGUCUCAGGAUCCCACAGGCUGUUUCACAUAUCCCACUGCAGACCUGUGGCCCAGCCAAGGCCCCGCUCCACUCCACAACAUUCCAUGCAAUGGAGCGAGUCACCUCGUCCCUCAGAGGGAUAUUUUAGUUUCUAAGGCGCUGAAUGCUGCAGAGGAUCUCGCCCAGGCUGAGUGUGUGCAGCAGCCUCCUCACUCCGCUGGCCUUGCAGCGCUUCAGCAGCAUGGACAGUUUCCAGCCCUUCUGCCUAGCAAGCAGACCCCCCCAGACCCAGGAGGAGUGGGCUCCAUGCCAGCCUCAGGCCACAACAAACCCCCUGCCAUGUCCUACGCCAGCGCUCUUCGAGCUCCCCCCAAGCCCCGCUGCCCGCUGCCUGAGCAGACCAAAAAGAACAGCGACCCCAUCUCUCUGUUACAAGACCUUAGCAUAGGGAGUUCCAAUAGUAGCAAUGGCUAUUACUCGUAUUUUAAGUAAGUGAAUAUAUAAAUAUAUAUGAAUUAUAUACACCCUAUUGAGUGAAAAUGGUUAAAAAAAAAUUGAAUAACAAUCUACAAAAAAAAAAAACAAAAAAAAACAAAACAAAAAAAAACAGCUUUUGAUUAGCUUUUUGUGUUUUAUUAUUUUUUACUUAAUUUAGUUAGUCAUUUCUUUUACAGUUUGACAUCUGUGGUUUUACGAACAGAAAUCAACACACACACACACACACACACACACACCACACACACACCACACACACACACACACAUACAUACAUACCAAAAUGUUGAAGAAAAACAGACAAACAAAAAAAACGACAAAAAAAAUAAAAUUUUUAAAAAGACCAUAAAUUGGUUGACCACUUCGCUGCCUGUCUUUCUUUUCUUCUAAUUAUGUCUGCUCUCUUUGUAUCUAUUAUCUGAAGUAAAGUUGUUGAAGUGAUUUUAUUUACCAGCUGGCUUUUUAAUGAUGAGUUCAUUAAUCAUUAUCAGUGUGUUUUCUUGUGCCAGCAGCUCAGUGGUGAACUGACUUGGACAAAAAAAUUAUUAUAAAAAGUUGUAUAGCUGUAGACAAACUUUUCUCAGACUGUACAUAAGAAUAAAUAAAUAAAAGAGAUGAAA